CUUGUAAUUUAUUUUAAUUGGUGAACUAGUUUAUUAAUUAGGGUACAUAAAUAAUUUUGAUAUACGAACGAUUAGCCUAGUUAAUAUUGGGUAUUAAUUACCAUAUUGAGCAUAGUCUUAGUGUAAAUUAGAAAGUUUUAACAUGUUCUCUGCCCUAAAGAAAUUAGCAAAAGGCAACGAUGAACGAUGCAGUGCUCCAGUACCCAUGUCCUCCUCUUUACAAAAGAAGUUUUCUCGAGGAGUUCACUUUAACAUGAAAAUAUUGAUUAAAGGGGAUCGAAAUGUUGGCAAAUCGUGUCUGCUGCAAAGAUUACAAGGUGGACCAUUUAUAGAAGAAUAUGUUCCUACUGACCAAAUUCAGGUGGCUCCAAUACACUGGACCUAUAAAAACACUGAUCACAUAGUAAAAGUAGAGGUGUGGGAGGUAGUGGAUAAAGGCAGAACUAAGAAGAAAUCUCCUCUAGGCCUAAAAUUAGAGAACCAAGCUGCUGUAGCCCAAGACGAAGGAUAUGAGACUCCAGUACUGGAUGCAACAUUCCUAGAUGUGUACAAGAAUGCUACUGGUGUUAUACUGAUGCUUGAUAUCACUAAACCUUGGACAUUCGAGUAUGUCGUGAAGGAGCUAUCGCGGGUGCCCGCCGACCUGCCAGUGGUAGUGCUCGGCAACCACUGUGACAUGCAGCACCACCGCCAGGUGCACCCGCACCACAUUGAGCAGGCACUUGAGCAGGCCAAGCUCACUAGGACAGCGGCAGUGCGGUACGCGGAGUCGUCCAUGAGGAACGGCUUCGGGCUGCGGCUGCUGCACAAGUUCCUCAGCGUGCCGUUCCUGCGCCUGCAGCGGACCAGCCUGCUGGAGCAGCUGCAGCGGAACCAGAAGGAUAUGGAGGAGACGGAAAAGGAACUGGACGACUUCCAAAAUUCGGAAGAGUCACACUACAAUCUGUUUCUGGACCGGCUCGCCAACAAGCGGCGUCAGAGUCAGGGCGCGCCAGAGCCGCGUCCGAAUAAUGAACGUUCUCCGAGCAUUGUGCUGGGCGCCGGCAAGCCCAUCGUGCCGCCCGCUGUCAACCCGCUGCUAGCGCAGUCCCUGAAUCCCAUGGGCAUCAAGGCGCAGCACGCGCCCACACAGAGCCAGUACGUGAGCCCCGAGCUGAUGAAGACCAGAGCCUCCGUCAGCAUGGACUACACUCCGUCCAGACUCAACCUUCCAGAGAGCGAGCAGAGCACACCUUCAGGCGCCAAGUCGCCGUCGGGUGCGCUGGAUGAGUUCUACGCGGGCGCGCUGGACAGCAGCUUUCUUGAGGACCUGGCGCCCGCUUCCAACCAGGAGGUUGCUUAUGAGAGCGACAGUGACGACGACACGACUAACCCGAAGGUGACUAUCGAACAAGACGACGUGGACAUCGACUACGCGGCGAUGAUCCAAGACCUAGCAUCUGAACAGCCCAAGCCCUUGCCUGAGCCCUUAGAAGAACGGUUUACACAAUUAAACGUGAAGGAGUACUCGCCGCCUGAAGACGUGCAGGCCAUUGAGAAUGAGUUCCCGCUGUGGGCGGGAGAUGCUAGCGCGAGGAGGUCACCAGAAGGAGGAGAAGAUCCCGACGUUGCUAAGGAAACUGAGAUCAAGACUGAGAAAAAACACAAAAAGAAGAAGUCUAAGGACAAAGACAAAGGAGAUUAUUCCGAGAAAUCGGAAAAAAGAGAGAGAAAGAAGCAUAAAAAAUCCAAGAGCGAAAAGAAGACAGUGAAUCCACAGGCGGCUCUACUCGAGCCCACGCUGGUCGGCGCCUUCUACGACGAUGAUGAUUAUGACUCUCUAUGAGUUAAACUUUUUCUGUGAUUUAUAACUACAAGUAAGUGAAAAUUGAUACAUCGAACAACUGAGGUAUGAUAUAUGGACUCACAAGUGGGCAGAUUUACUUAAACUUGUGCACUACACUUCCUUGGUUCUAGAAGGAUUUUUGGUGAGCUCUGUCGGUCUUAAUAGAAGAAAAAAGUAGCCCUAGAUUAUUAACUAUAUUUCUUUUUUUACGGUACGGUAAUGGAAUGGAAAAAUGGGUAGAAAAUUUAGGACUUUUUUCUCCUAUCUAAUUCGAUAAGCGUAGUGACCAUAAAUAAUGUCAGAAUAGUGCCCGAAUGGUAAAAGGUGGUGUUUGACAAUCGUUCUACCACAGUAGAACAUGCUCUACACAUCUUACAAAUUUCAACUCUUUGCUUAUGUAUGGCUCACGUGCUCAGUUACCCUCCGGGUUGGAAGGUCAGAUGGCAGUCGCUUUCGUAAAAACUAGUUCCUACGCCAAAUCUUGGGAUUAGGUGUCAAAGCGGACCCCAGGCUCCCAUGAGCCGUGGCAAAUGCCGGGAUAACGCAAGGAGGACGAUGAUGAUGCUUAUGUAUGGCUCACAUCUACUAAGUAUAUCAAUGUAGUAACUCAUUGGAAAUAACUAGCAACAUUUGCAUACAAGGUAUCGACAAUGUCAGAAUUGCAAAAAUUCCUAUUACCAUAAUAUAAAAUCUUUGUAUUCUUUAUUAUACAUAUUGCUAUUUGUUGUUGCAACCAUGAGCACAGCAUAAAAACAGUUAUUUAAAUAAAGUCUUCAUUUGAGACAUUUUUCAGAUAAAUGUGCUAAAUAUGCCUACUUCUUUCGCGAAUUAUUAAAUUCUAGUUUAUUUAACUCGAUGUAAAAAAGGUGAAAAUAGCGACCGUAAUUUCAUUUGUAUGAAACUUUUGCUGUCAAGGACUGAUUUAAUAUCUUUAGAAUAAAAUAUCCGGCGAAUGAUAUAUGAAUAUCAUCAUAUUAUAUAAUGUACAACGCGCGUUUAUCUACAUAAUACUAUAUGUACAAUUACGUAACUAUGACUUUACACAUGAUAGUCCUAUAUCUCUUAAAAGAUCUGAUUUCUUGUUUUGUAUGUGGACAGGGCCUGUUAAAAUACGUGUAAUAUCAAAAAUACUAAAAAACUCCUCAAAGAGUGAGUUGUGCUCAUAAUUGUUAUUAUUUAAGGCCCACGUUAUUUAUUUUUUAGAUCUAUGAAAAUGAACUAAAUACAUAUUGGCUACGUGCACGACAAUUACGCCCACUGCCAUGUGAAUUUGAAGUGGAAAAGGUCAAAAAAUGACAUGUAAAUAAACAUAUAUUUUAACGAUUUUUCGUUAAUUUUAAAUAAAUCCAAAUAACAAGAGCUACUAUUUCAAGUGUAAUUUAGGUAGAUCGAUUAUACA